CUUACAGCCGAGCAUUUAUUUUUAUCUCACAGUCACCGGCACCUCCUUCUUCUUCUUUUAUAUUCUGCUAAGCGCGCACUCACACAGAGAGACACCCACUUGGACUUAUAUCUGAAUAGUAAAAAUAGAGUCGGAUCGUAAGAGGAAGAAGGAAUCGGUCUCAUCAGAAGAUCGAACAGCUUUAAUUAACAGCAAAGACAAACAAAGAGAAAGAGAAAAGAACAAGAAAAGGUCUAAAAUGGCGUCAACCAAUCAAGUCAGGGCAUCACAUAUACUUAUAAAGCAUCAAGGCUCUCGAAGAAAGGCCUCUUGGAAAGAUCCAGAAGGUCGCGUCAUUCAGAAUACGACAAGAGAGUCCGCUGUUUCUCAACUCAAAGCUUUCCGUGAGGACAUCGUUUCUGGCAAAGCUAAGUUUGAGGAUAUUGCCUCUCGCUUCUCUGAUUGUAGCUCCGCUAAGCGCGGCGGCGACCUCGGUCCAUUCAGCCGGGGCCAGAUGCAGAAACCUUUUGAAGAUGCAACAUAUGCUCUUAAGGUUGGUGAGAUAAGUGAGAUCGUGGAUACUGAUAGUGGAGUGCACAUUAUCAUGAGAACAAGUUAAUCAAGAAGCCUUUGGGUAAUUCCAACCGAUUUUUUCAGUAGACUUGUCACAAAAGAUUCAGGAUAUGGAAAAAUUGCAUUCGCCUCCAGUCAGUGUAAUAUCAUAACAUUAUGAUGCUCCCUUCUUCAGGUCUUUUAUUGUUUGAAAGUCCUUUUGACACAUUGAUGCAAUUGUUCCCCAAUACUGGUCCAACGUAGUGUUCUUGGGAUUACAUUUUCUGUUUGUCGUUGUGGUUUUGGUUUUGGUUUUGGGAUAAUUCGACUGACUAUAAUAAGGGUUUUUGAUAUUUAA